AUGAACGGUAUAUUUAAUUCAAAAAAUAAUCAAACAACUACACCUCUACCGUCAAUACAACGAGUAUUUCUUCGGUCAGUGGCAGCCGAAGACCCAGAAGGACGGUUCACGAUUGUCAGAAAUAUACAAACUUAUUACAAGCCACUUGCCGAUACUACCGGUCUGCCGGUUGUCGCAUAUGAUCGUCCCGCGUUUGGGUUCACGGAACGAUUAACCACGUGGGAAGAAAAUAAUAAUCCGUAUACACAGCAAUCGUGUUUAGAUUUUUUAAUUGAACUGUUGCGAAAUAUUGGUUAUGGAGAUCGAAAAGUUGUUAUUAUGGGUACUUCGAGUGGUGGCGCAAUUGCUUCCGCUCUUGCGAUUAAAUAUCCUGGAUAUGUGCUGGCUAUAGUGUUGCUAUGUCCUGCUCUGAGACCAGAAGAUCAAGGUCCACCUCCAUUAGCUCGUCAUAUUCUAACUUCAUUACCAGGACGUCUAUUCUUAAAGGCAGCAUUAUAUCAAUAUAUUCCCCUCACAUCAUUAUAUCAUAACGCUGAAACAAUUCCACAGUGGGAAACGGUAAUAAGACCAGCCUACCGUGUCCCGCUAACGCUCCCAAAUUUCUACGAAUCAGUCAACAACGUGAUGCGAUAUUUUGUCCCAUUAGAAAUCUUGGAAAAUCGGCAAGCGCUUCUCAGGAACACCCCGAUUCUCUAUAUCACCGGAAAUAACGAUAAGUAUACGUCCGAAGAAAUACAUCGUCAAAUUGCUGCAGAUAUGACAAGUAAUAUGCCGGAAGGAGCGGUGUUUGAGUUUCAUGUGUUGCCAGACUGUGGACAUAUACCACAAGAUGAGAAGCCUAGAGAAGUGUUUGAGUUGACAUUGGAUUUUUUGAAGCGGAUGGGUGUUUAUCAGCCGAGAAUUUGUUGA